GUAAUCAGCUUAUACUAGAUAGUCUAUUUGUCCUCUCUAAUUUUAGGUUUAGUGAUAUGGUGAAUUCCUUAAUUAGCAGGGUAUUUUUUUUUGUAACUGGUAUUACAUGAUAUCACAGUCGCCGUAACUCCGGUUGUAGCUUUUUCCGACAUGCUACUUGUUAAACCCUACCGGAGAGCCCUCCAUAGUUCAACUCGGCAAGUCCAAUGCAAAACCCUAGACUCACCAUCUCCUUCCUCCACCACCCUUUUUGUCGACAGGGCUGUAUCCAUUCUUAAAGGAUACGACCCAAUUUCCUUGGACUCCAUUUCUUCCCAAUUCACCCCUCAAUAUGCUUCUUCCGUGCUUUUCCAAUGCCGAUUCGAUAAACCCCUUGUUCUAAGAUUCAUCAACUGGGCACGCAACCGCCAAUUCUUCAAUCUUCAAUGCAAGUGUAUUUCCAUUCAUAUCCUCACUCGUUUCAAGCUUUACAAGACUGCCCAAUCCCUGGCAGAGGAUGUUGCUUUGAAAUUCGGCGAUAACAAGGGUGAAUUGGUCUUUUCAUGUCUCAGGGACACUUACUAUUCUUGCAAGUCCAGCUCUGCUGUGUUCGAUUUGAUGGUAAAAUCCUACUCUCAUUUGAAAAUGAUUGACAGAGCUAUGAAUAUCUUUGAAUUAGCCAAGUUUAAUGGGUUUAUGCUCACUGUUUUGUCCUAUAAUUCCAUUCUUGAUGCGUUGAUCAGGGUUUCAUAUAAUGGGUCUUUCGAAUUAGCUCAAAAGUUUUAUGAUGAUAUGGUUCAAUCUGGGGUUUCACCUAAUGUGUAUACUUAUAACAUUAUGAUCCGAGGCCUUUGUGCAAAAGGGGAGUUGCAAAAGAGUUUGGUUGUUUUCAAUGAAAUGGAAAAAAAUGGCUGCUUGCGAAACGUUGUAACCUAUAACACUAUCAUAGGUGGUUAUUGUAAGAUAGGUAAGGUUGAUGAGGCAGUCAAAUUGUUGAAGCUAAUGCAAGUGAGGAGCUUGGAACCAAGUGUGGUCACAUAUAAUGCUAUUAUUAAUGGGUUGUGUCGAGAAGGUAGAAUGAAAGAGACAAGUGAGAUUUUGGAAGAGAUGAGGGGAAAGGGAUUAAUGCCUGAUGAAGUAACCUAUAACACACUGGUAAAUGGCUAUUGUAGAGAGGGUAACUUUCACCAAGCACUUGUUUUGCACUCGGAAAUGUUGAGGAAUGGGCUGUCUCCAGAUGUUGUGACUUAUACUUCUUUGAUUAAUAGCAUGUGCAAGACUGGGAAUUUGCACCGUGCAAUGGAAUUCUUUGAUCAACUGCAUGCUAGGGGAUUAUAUCCCAACGAUAGAACUUACACAACAUUGAUUGUUGGUUUUUCUCAGCAGGGUCUUAUGAAUGAGGCUUAUAAGCUGUUGAAUGAAAUGAUUUCAAAUGGCUUUUCCCCUUCAAUUGUAACUUACAAUGCGUUAAUUAAUGGGCAUUGUGCAGUGGGCAGGAUGGAAGAUGCUUUACGUGUGACUCAAGAGAUGGAACAGAGAAGGCUGGUCCCAGAUGUUGUAACUUAUAGUACAAUAAUAUCUGGGUUCUGUAGAAACUGUGGGUUGGAAAGAGCAUUCUGUGUUAAGCAGCAGAUGGUUGAAAAAGGGGUUUUACCUGAUGUUAUUACUUAUUCAUCCCUAAUUCAAGGUCUUUGUGAGCAGCGAAGACUGACUGAAGCUUUCGAACUUUUCCAAGAGAUGUUCAGAGUAGGUCUGCAACCAGAUAAGUUUACAUAUACUACACUUAUUGGUGCAUACUGUGCAAAUGGGGAUAUUAAAGGUGCUUUUCACCUGCAUAACAAAAUGAUCUAUAAGGGUUGCUUUCCUGAUGUCGUCACUUACAAUGUCCUAAUCAAUGGGCUUAACAAACAAGCUCGCACUAGGGAAGCAAAGCGGCUUCUGUUCAAGUUGUUGUAUGAGCAAUCAGUGCCAAAUUGUGUCACUUAUGACAUGCUAAUAGAAAGUUGCAAGGAUCUUGAAUUGAAGAGUGCGUUAGAUCUUAUUAAAGGAUUCUGCAUGAAAGGUCUGUUGAAUGAAGCUGACCAAGUUUUUGAGUUGAUGCUGCAAAAACACAAGAAGCCGAGUGAAGUAGCUUAUAGCCUACUUAUACACGGUCAUUCCAGGGGUGGGAAUUUGCAUAGAGCCUUGAAUCUUUUCAGAGAAAUGGCUAAUCUUGGAUUUAUUCCUCAUACAGUAAGUAUUAUUGUGCUCAUGAAAGAACUUUUUAAAGAAGGGAUGAGCGAGGAAUUACAUCAAGUAAUUCAAAGCACAUUGGAAACCUGUAAACUUGCCGAUGGUGAGCUAGCAAAAGUUAUUGUUGAGGUGAACUACAAGGAAGGGAACAUGGAUGCGGUAUUCAAUGCACUCACUGAAAUGGCCAAGGACGGCCUUCUUCCAAAUAGUGGGAAAACCGCAUUUUGUCACAUGCCACAAUAAAGUACUUAUCAUCUUAAGAUAAUCAUACCAACUUUUCCCCUGCAUGAGGUAGAAUGCAUCAAGCAAGCAGGAAACUUGGUUGCUACAAACUGUUUCCCCCUCAUUUAGGUUUCUCAUGACAUUGUGAAUGUGGAAGGUCAUAUUUUGAACUCCGAUGAGCGACAUUCUCUCGAGAGGGUUAAAUUCCCACUUUGCUUGAAAAUUGUAGGUCAGAUUUUGAACUCCUUUUAUCUCUGGACUUGGUACAUACCUCAAUUAUUGUCAAUAUCCUGCACAUUGAACUUACAUAUAAAUAGGAUUCUUUUACUUUCUUUAGGAAGUUUAGUUAUAUUUAGUCUUAGGUUCAGAUGUUUGAAAUUGUCAAUGCAUGGACAUUAGCUGCAAUUUUUUUUUGGGUUUUCCUCUUCUGAAAUGGCAUCAUCAUGCUAAAUUGGGAUUUCCUCUUCUGUAAUGGCAUUAUCAUGCUAUGUGUCAACUCCCAGCAUCUAUGUCAUAUAUUCCAUCAAUAAAUGGCCUUCUCCCGUUGCUGAUUUACUGGCCUUGCCAAAUGUGAUGCCUCAUGUUCAUAUUGUCUAUCUCUAUUUCAUCUGCUAUAUUUUAGUGGUAGGUCAGUUCCAUAUACCAGCAAUGCAUUCGCAAAAGAUGAAAAAAUAAUUUUUAAUUCGUCUCAGCUACAUAAGUAUGGUGCUUACUUGAAAAAGUGAAACAAGACGAAGAGAAGGAAGUGAGUUUCAUUCGAGAAAGUGUGAAACCUCAAGCCUAAGGAGCUUUUCUGUUCAAGAACAUUGUAUGUACCAUUGAUGAAGUCUGUUAAUGGAUGGGCAUGGCUGUUUCGAGAGUAGGAUUUGAUUUACAGUGUCUUGCCUUCAGAUCAGCUAUCACUUAGUCUCUGUACUUCUGGACUAACUUUUUCCAUUCUAAUGCCAAAUGUAAUAAUCCUAGUUGCUAAUUCUGGACUUACUUUUUCCAUUCUAAUACCAAAUGUAAUAAUCCAAGUCUAGCAAGAACUUUCUGGUUUUGUAACUUUUAUCAAAAGAACUUGAAGCUCAAAGUCUAUCAGCCCAGAUCUGCCACUUUGAGGUAAUACAAGAUGUUGAGGCAAUAUCUCUUGCGACAAAUGAACAUCCAGUAGCACUGCUUGCAGAACGCACAGGACUCUUGCAAAGAGAUAAUACUAUUUACAUGCCUAUCUUAUCUCAAAGGCAUUGAAAUGCUGCUGCUAUUUCUGCAUCCAUACUUCCCAAACUUUAUGGCAUCAAAUCGGUAAGUAAUGAUAAAUCUAUCUCGUGGAGUUCCUAGUGCAAGGGGAAACAGAUGUAAAAAUUGGUAAGAAAACAGAUGCAAAGAAAUUGAAUGUAGUCAUUCUUUUGCUGGAUCUGCUCUCAGUAGUGUAAUCUGAGGACCUUGGAUUUUUCAAUCUAAAUCUGAUUCCACAAUUGCAGGCAAUUACUGCAUUAAAUCGUUGUUAUUUGGCAACUCGUUUAUUUGCGCACUCUUAUAUUCAAAUUUUCUUCUUGAAACUAUUUAACACUCCCUUGCCUUCAGAUUCAUUGCUUAACAAGAUUGACCACUAGACUAAAGGCAUAGCAUAAUGAGGAUUCUCCAAAUCCAUCUUUCACACCCCCCCCCCCCAAAUCCCCCACCCCUUUUUCUUUUGAUAGAGAAUCAAAUACUUCUCUCAUUGGAGUUAUAGUGUAAAUAGUUGAGAAAUUACAGUAAUCAAAGUUGCUGAGCUGUCAUAAGGGGAUACAAAAUAGUUCAGAGUUCAGAAUAGAUUCCUUCUAAAAAAAAAAUAGUUCACAAUAGAUCAAGGUAAAUGACAACUCUAUCAUGAUUCAUUUGUAUCUAUGGAAAUGACAAGUUGUAGUCUACCUAUUUCUUAUCUGUUUAUAUCUUGUGAUCUGUCACCUCACUCCGUCAUUUUAGAUUUUGAGAGCAAAAAAAAUUAGGUUAGCAGUGGCACAUUCAACCUGAUUCGAACUGGAAUCAUUCAGAACCAGAUUUUAUGGGUAAAACGGGGCCAUGUUUCCAUUGUGGCAUCAAGCGUAAGUUCUCCUCUUGAUUAAUUUUUUCUCCUGAUCUACAUAAUAUCUCAUAGUUAAGGUUUUAUAACUCCUUUAGAUAUUUGAACUAUUAUUAGCCGAAUCCCUCCACCUGUAUCAAUACUUGGAUCCGUAUCCUUGAAUCUUAAAAUUUAGAGCAUGAAGGAUCCAUUCUUUAGAUUCACGCCUGUUUUGACACCUAGGUAGGUAGGUUAGGAUAUACACAGAUCUUACCCUACUUUUGUGGAGUAGAAAGUCAGUUUUUGAUAGACCCUCGGCUUUAAAGAGGAGUAUUUGAAGAAGGGUUGUAAGAAAAUGACAAGAUAUGAAGUAAGUAAACCAUCAAAUGGUAAUACACACCAGAGAAUGGUGGGUGGUCCGCCAGUGGGUGCGGAAUUAUUUUACCGUUGAGCACUACACAAAGAUAUAGUCACUGUUGAAUAUUGUACAGUUAAUCACUGUGGGAUUAGAUGGUAACUUUCCUCCUUAAAAUAUCGUGAAAAUAAAUGCAGUCUGUUAAGAGGGUAACUGUUCUGCAUGGUACCUUGAAGUAUCAAGCAAAUCCUUUUCAAUCUUUCCACCAUAAAGCUCAAAGUUCAACUACUUUGUAUGGUUCCUUAACACGGUGAUGAAAAUGUGAGUACAAAAACUGUAGACACAUUCUAAAAGUCUAUGCAUGUUCCACAGAGAUAUUUCCUUUUGUUUGCCCAAAGAAAUUCCCCGUAUACAUACUCUAGUUUCGGGACGCUUCUGUUCUGGUGAAAUGCAUUCUAUACCUUUUUAAAAGAAAUCUUAAUUGUCAGUGAACCCUGUGCUUUAAUUUCUGAGGUAAGUCUCUGCCUGUAAGAAUGUUUUAUUAUUUUGUCCCUGUUCAAACACUAAUUAAUUGUGAACUCAAACAGAAACCAUUCUUUGGAGAAAUGGGUCACCUGAAAAACCAGUGCUCUGCAAUGCAUGUGGAUCAAGAUGGCGGGGUAGAAGGACACUAGAUGGCUAUAUUCCCAGACAUGGAAACAUAGAAAUAGAGAACUAUCUGCUCCCUUAUGACAUGAAGCCGGCCCGUGAAGGAAAAAAGUUAGAAGUUGGAAUAGAGGUUUCUGGACAGGAUGGCUCUUCAGCUUGUCUUGAAGAGGAAAUGAAUAACAUAUCAAGCUUAUGUUUAGCAGGAUCAUCCUCAGAAAACUGCAUGCAGAUGGAAGAAACAAAUGCAUACAAAGGUUCUCUAUGGAAUCCUGACAGUGUCCCAAGAAGAAAAAGAUCAGAGCGUAGAAAAUGCAUUUUGUCACCUAUUGAAAGAUUCCAGAGGCAACUUCAUAACAUUCUACAGGAGCCAGACUUUGAAAAUAUCUCUGCAGACGAUGAAAAUAUUCUAGUAUAUGCAAGGAACAAACACUUUCCUCCUAAUGAGAUUGGUCUUGGAGCUAUGCUUCCACCUACUGCUACAAAACACUUGACAACUCUAUCUCCAUUGGCAGAAGAUAAUGAUGCCUCUUGCUCAGUGAAUGUUCCUGUAGGAAAUUCCAAUUCCAAUUUGUAAGUGAAUUUUGAGCUGCAUGCACAAGGUUCAAGCUGGUAUGUGUGCCAACUCUUACUAUCUAGGAAGUACAAUUUUUAUUAAAACAAUUUGAGCUGUUCCAACUUUACUAGAUGUCCCCAGUGGCAACGCUCAACAACUUGUGUGUUUGAGACCAUAUAGUUUGCCAGUAGUGCAUUUAUAUUUGGAGAUUUAUAAUUCUGUUUUUUUUUUGGAUGUGAUUUCAAUAAAUUAGUAUGUGCAUUUAAUAUGUCAAUUCCGAUGCCGGUGGCGGUCACAGUGUGCUUGCCUACAAGUUUGUUAGUGUAUACAAAUAAAUUCUGGGCCUAAAUCAACCCCACGGGCUAGCUUGUGAGGAAAGGAUUGCUCUAGUUCAUAUAAGGAAUUCAUAAUUUUCUUAUCGCACUUAUGUGGAACUUAACACCCCGCCUCACGCCCAAGACUGGACAUCUAGUCUAUGGAUUAUUUGAUAUGGGGCCCAACAUCGGUAAAUGAUAAAUUGGGAUGAGUUUGACACUGAUACCAUGUAAAGAAAUCAAUCUUGGGCCUAACUCUACCCCAAAAGUUAGCUUAUGAGAGGAUGAUUGCCAAAGUCCAUAUAAGGAGUCCAUAAUUCCUCAUCCCAUGAUGUGGGACUUAAAAAGCCCAAUAUCCAUUAUGUACCAUUUGUUUGCAUGGACUCCACAUUACAUGGAUACUACAUCAAGGGUAUGUCGUUAAAUUGUUCUCUAAAAUGCUUCUACCAUUGCAUCUUCCAUAUUCAGAGAUGGGAGUCUGAUUAUUAAAGAAAUAGGUAUAUCAGCUUUAGGAUAAGUCAUGUUCAGCCACAAAAGUUUGAAAACUAAGUCAACCAAACUUCAAUCUCCUUUUAAGUUAUAACGAUUAGUCAAUAAUAUUUACACUAAAGAGAAACUAGAGAGCCAUUAAUACAUAAUCCAAGAGCAAUUAAGAGUUAGAAUAAUUUAGUAUUGAGUUUCAUGAAUGCCCCAAGUAGCAACAUAAAUCUAGAGGGUAGCGUGGGGGUUCACCCGAACUCCCUCAGCAAAAAAUUACACGGGAUAUAAGGUUAUUUUCAAAUUAUAUAUAUAUAUAUAUAGAGAGAGAGAGAGAGAGAUUUUGAACCUCUUUAACAUGAGAUUAGAGAUUGAUUAAGUGGUUGAGACUGUGCAAAAUUCACCAUAAGGUUUCAAGUUUAAAUCUCAAGCACUACAUUUUUAUGUUUUGGUCCUUUAGAGAAAACCCUUGAUCUGCCACUUUACCUAUUAUAACUCUUCAAAACCUUUAUAUGACUUGAUUGAUUUUUAAGUAAUACGAAGUAGUUUUAAUAAAAGCAACAAGCAUUAUAGAAACCGGAAAAAUGUAUUCACUACCAUAAAACUUCUUAGAAGGCCAGGAAAUACAAUAACAGUAGAAAGGAGCAAAGAGAAUAAAAUAUAUUACUAAUUAGAAAAGGAAAAUAGGACACGGGAAGAAAUGAGAACGUUAAAAUCUCCGUCACUCUUUUACACAGUGGAUAAGCAUCUUAGGCUCCGAAGGAUCAAUCAACCGAAAAAAGCUACUUUUGGGUUUGUUAAAGAAUAGGUUCUGGGCCUAGCACAACCCUAAAGUCCAGCUCAUAGGGUGAGGAUUAUCCAAGUCCAUAUAAGGAGACCAAUUACCUUCGUAUUCUUAGUUUUGUUUGAAAUAGAAUACUUAAUCUACAAAGUUAAUUAUUUUUCCAAAAAAGGAAGUAGUGUUGGCGGAGAUGUAAUUUUAAGCCAAAAUAUUCUAUACACAAAUAGGGAAUCAAUCACUGUAUAAUACUCUUACAGACAAAAUAUUGGGUUUCUUUCUUGCUCAUAGAUCAUUAAUUAUAACAUCUCCCAUAAGCUUAAAAAACUUACUUCCCUUUGCACAAUGAAUUGACAUCGACAAAUUACAGGUAACUUGGAUUUUCGAUAAAGAUAUGAACUGAUCAGUCCAACUAUACUUUAACCAUGCAAAUAAUAAAAGCUUUACCACAAAGUAAAAAGAUCUAUUGUAUUAAUACCUUAUUGUUUUAUGUACACUAACGUUCACCUUUUGUUAGGAGAAGCAGACACAAUCCUCUCUGAAAUUUUGAGUGUGUCCCAAGAAGAAUGAUCAGAGAGUAGAAAAGACAUUCUUUACUAUACUUUAACCAUACAAAUAAUAAAAGCUUUACCACAAAGUAAAAAGAUCUAUUGUAUUAAUACCUUAUUGUUUUAUGUACACUAACGUUCACCUUUUGUUAGGAGAAGCAGACAAAAUCCUCUCUAAUCUUGAGUGUCCCAAGAAGAAUGAUCAGAGAGUAGAAAGCACGUUUUCACCUGUUGAAAGACUCCAGGGGGCAGGGGCAACUUCAUACUAAUCUACAGGAACCAGGCUUGAAAAUCUCUCUGCCGAUGACGAAAAUAUUCUAAUUUAUGCAAGGAACAAAUAUAUUCCUCCUAGUGAGAUUGUUCUUGGAGCUAUGCUGCUCGUAUCACCACCUACUAAUACAGAUUACUUGCUGUCUCUAUCUCCAAUGGCAGAUGCUGGAAGUGAGUUUUGAGAAGCAUGCAUAAGGUUCAAGCUGGUAACUCUUUUAUCUAACUUGUGCAAUGUUCGUUUAAACAAUUUGAGCUGUUCCAACUUUUCUGGCUGUCCCUAAUGGAAACGACAACACCUUGUAUGUUUUGGGACCAUCUAGUUUGCUAAUUUUUUAUUUGUUUUGGAGAUCUAUAUUUCUUCUGUUUUAUUGGAUGGGAUAUUCAAUGAAUUAGAUGUCUAUUAUGCUUUAUGGGUGCAUUUAAUAUGUCAAGUUUGCUAGUGUAAAGAAAUGAAUUUUAGGCCCAACUCAAACCACUAGCUAGCUUAUGAGGGUGGAAUUGCUCAAGUCCGUAUGAGGAGUCCAUAAUUCCCUCAUUGCACCGACAUUGGGAUGAGUGUGAUUCUUAUAUCAUGUAAAGAAAUAAAUUUUGGGCCUAACUCUACCCCAAAAUUUAGCUUAUGAGGGGAGGAUGACUCAAAUCCUUAUAAGGAGUCCAUAAUUCCCUCAUCCCACAAUGUGGGACUUAACAAGCCCAAGAUUAUUUACGGAUAGUUUGUGCGGACUCCACAUUUAAUGGAUACUACAUCAAGGGUAUGUCACUAAAUAGUUCUCUAAAAUGCUUCUCUUGUUGCAUCUUCUAUAUUCGGAGAUGAGAAUUUAUUAUUGAAGUAGUAGGUAUAUCAGCUUUAGGAUAGGGUAUGCUCAACUGCAAAAAGUUUGAAAACUAAGUCAACCAAAAAGUCUCUUCGAUUUCCUUUUAAGUUAUAACAAGUCGAUAAUUUUUACACUAAAGAGAAGCUAGAGAGCCACUAAUACAUAAUCCAAGAGCAAUUAAGAGUUAGAAUAAUUUAGUAUUGCGUUUCAUAAAUGCCCCCCAAGUUGCAACAUAAAUCUAGAGGGUAGCGAGGGGGUUCACCUGAACUCGACCCCCUCGGCAAAAAAUACACGGUAUAUAUAAGGUAAUUUUUAAAUUUUGUAUGUGUAUAUAUAUAGAUAUUGAACCUCUUGAAAUUAUGGUUAAAUAAAACAGAAGAACUAUAAAGAAAUGCACAAUUGGCAAUGUAGAUGGUCCCAAAACACACAAGUUGUUGUGCAUUGUCGUUGGGGACAUCCGGUAAAGUUUGAACAACCCAAAUUGUUUUUUACCAACAUUGCACAAGCUAAAUGAUAAGAGUUGGUUUCCCAUUCCAGCUUGCAUGUUAUGCAUGUAUCUCAAAAUUCACUUGCAUAUUGGAAUUUUCUAUAGGAACAUUCAUCGAGGGAGAGGCAUUUUUUUCACAGAUGUACAACUGAUAGUCUUGAGCAUUAUCUAAUGCAAGUGAUCGUACCUACUUGUUCUGAUGGAGCAUCAAAUACUUAUUGCAGAAAGUUAAAUUUGUUCAAGGUUAGGGAACUCUUCCGGGGAUUCUUUCUUUGUUUUUAUAUUGAGGUAACUUAAGUGAUGAUUUUGGAAAAUUUAUGUUGGGCAGUUCUAAUGGAAAGAUUUUAUAGUCGGUAAAUUAAGCUUUCUUGGAUUUAUUGUCUUCUGAUCAGGCAUUCUAAAUGGUCAGAACAUUUUUAUUGGUCCAUGGCGGGAUGGUUUUUCUGAUAAAGUUGCAUGUAUUUUGCUCAAUAUUUUUCUUAAUGAAUUUGUAAGUUAUAUUUCAAUGGCCUUCUGACUUAGCCUUUUUUUGUUUUAAUUAUAGAAGGAAACUGGGUAUGUUGUUGUAUUGAAACUGUGUCUGGGACGUUGGUACUACCAAUGGGUCACAACUUGCAAAUUUGGGUUUACUGGGUUAUUCAGUAAGCACUAAUAACUUAGGGAGUUGCUAAACGAAGCUUUAUAUGAACUAUUUGUUGCCACUUUUAAUCCCUCCUAUCUUUUAUUUUUUUUUGUUUAUAACAAAAAUGAAGAAGUUAGUAGUAGUUGGGAAAGAAGAAAUGGACGGAAGGAGCAAAGGGUACCUGAGGGUUUGGCUAGAAAAUGUAGGGGAGGCCUGCCGGGCAUCAUCUUAAGAUAGAAUGUAGGAGUAGUACUUAUUGCACAUUGCAAGUUGACAACUAGUAGAGUAGUAAUAAAAUUAUACACCUUUCGUCCUCCCUAUCAUUAAUCAAAGGUCAUAGGUUCGAAGCUUUACAAAUAAAAUUAAAGAAUGUUACACUAAUUUCAUGGUGUUAAGAAUCAAUUACAUUAUAUUUUUACUCUAUUUUAAAUUAUAAAAAUUCCUUAAAUUUUAUGGAAUCCGGAUACAACCCAAAAACGUCCUGAUACAUCGCGUCUCGGUUUCUAAUACAUCUCUCAACGUUCUGAUACAUCAUGUCUUGACUUCGGAUACAUCACUCAACGUCUUGAUACAUCAAAAUAAAGUGAUGUAUCCGAUCGAUACAUCGCGUAAAAUGAUGUAUUCUAACCGAUACAUCACGUAGUGAUGUAUCUGAGAGUAGGAAAGAGGAAAAACUUUUGUAAUUUUUUCAAAUGAUAGGAAAUUUUAGAAAAUAUGGUAAAGUAAGUUGUGUAUUUAUGUAAUUUUCCAUAAAUGAACUAUUUUACCAUAUUUUCUAAAUUCUUUUAUCAUUUGAAAAAAUUACAAAAGUUCUUCCUUUCUCCUGUUCUCGGAUACAUCACUUAACGCGAUGUAUCGAUCAGAUACAUCACUUUAUGGUGAUGUAUCAGGACGUUGAGUGAUGUAUCCGAAACGAGACAUGAUGUAUCAGGUUGUUGAGGGACGUAUUCGAAACGGAGAAGCGAUGUAUCAGGACGUUUUGGGUUGUAUCCGGAUUCCAUCAAAUGUAAAGGAUUUUUAUAAUUUAGAAAAGAGUAAGAAUAUAAUGUAAUUAGCUCUUAACACUAUGAGAUUUGUCUAACAUUCUUUUAACUUCAUUUCUAAAGCUUCGAACCCAUGACCUGUGAUUAAGGGUAGAGGAGGAAAAGUGGAUAAUUUUAUUACUACUCUACUAGUUGCCAAUUGGCUAUGUGCAAUAAGUAAUACUCCUACAUUCUAUCUUAAGAUGAUGCCCGGUAGCCCUUCCUUACAUUUUCUUGCCAAACCCUCUGGUGCCCUUUGCUCCUUCCCGUCCAUUUCUUCUUUCCCAACUACUCACCAACUUUUUCAUUUUUGCUAGUUACUAAAAAAAAAUAGGAGGGAAUAAAAGAGGCAACAAAUAGUUCAUAUAUUAUACGUAAGGGGGCAGUUCUAAGGAAAAGACUGUUUAGUCAGUAAAUUAAGCUUUAUUGGAUUUAUUGUCUUCUGACUUGGGCAUUCUAAAUUCUCAGAACAUUUUUAUUGGUCUGUGGCGGGAUGGUUUUUCUGAUAAAGUUGUCAUGUAUUAUGCUCAAUAUUUUUCAUAAUGAAUUUCGGAACUUUCUUAGCCUUUUCUUGUUUUAAUUAUAGAAUGGAACUGGUAUGUUGUUGUAUUGAAACCGUGACUUUACUACCAACGGAUCACAACUUGCAAAAUUGAGUUACCGGGUUAUUCAGCAAGCAUUAAUAAAUUAGGGAGUUGCUAAAUCUAUUGCUUGUAGUUCUUUGAAUAAUUAUAUCAUAUAUUAGCUUUGCCUUGGUCAUUAACUCAUUAUACAUCCUUUUUCUCAAUAGAUUUUUGUCAUAUUUUUCUUCCAAUCUUGCUUCGGAAACAUUUCUAUUGAGCCAAGGGUCUAUUAUUGGAAACAACCUUUGUACCCACAAAGGUAGGGGUAAGGUAUGCAUACCCUCCCCAAAUCCUACCUGUGGUAUUACACUAGGUAGGUUGUUGAUACAUAUUUGUAGGAUGAUUAAAAACAUGGAUACUUUAAUCAGAUUUUCGCAUGUUAAAGGCUUGGAACAUUAACUAUGUGCGUACGGGGAUUUUCAUUUGCUUCAUGCAUGAUGAAGACAACGAUACUUGAAGUCUUGGUCAUAAUGUAAAAUGGGUAUCCUUCGAAUUUUUGUGGUCAUUGAUCAUGAAGUUUCUUAUAUAAACUGGUGAGUAUUGCUUCUGGAGUAUGUACCUCAUGUUGGUGCUUAGUGUCAAGCUUGUGAAGCUGAGCUUUUUAGUACAAGCUAGAUCAGACAUUUCAGUUGCAUUUCACAGUGGUGGGGCAAGGCUGUACCUGAUUGCUUCAUAGAGUGCAAAAUAGGAAGCUCUGAAGCUACUUGGAUGAGGCAUAUGUCCUUGAAGACUAAAGCAGCUCAGGAGCACCUGUUCUUUGGAAAAUCUAGUUGGGGCCAAUUAUUGGCUUUAACGAAGCUCUAUUUUAUUACUAGGCAUCUACUUCCAGGGCUACUCAACUGACAAAGUUGGUCGUUAAACUCAUAUGUUUUAUAUUGAACCGAUAGAUUUCCUUGUACAAAGACCUUCUUCCAAGGAAAAAGAAAAGCUGAAUAAAUGUUGUUUUGGUUAUAUUAUGUUUUUUUACCGGGA